AUGUGAGUUGAAGUAGAGUUUUGAUUGGUUAACCGCCCAUUGCCUUCAUAGCAGCCAUAAGACCGGCGAUUUCUCGUACAAGACUGCAGAGAUCUUGAGUCAAAUGUGGCUCUAAAUUCUUGUAGUAGUUGACCAAGAUGCUGUUCCGGGCCAGACAGGGCACUGCCCUAUUCCUGAACCUCGGAGGAAAUGCUCACAAGUUCUCCUUACAGUGUACGCGGGGCUUCCGCCAGGCUGCAAAACAAUACUGCCAGAAGGUCGAGGAGAAGACAGUCUCUGGGACACCAUACAAAAAUCUUACGAUAGGUGUUCCUCGGGAAGUGUUCCCUAAUGAAAAACGUGUGGCUCUCAGUCCAGUGGCAGUGGCCAACCUUACUAAAAAGGGCUUCAAUGUUAACAUAGAAAAGGGAGCGGGACUCGAAGCCAAAUUUUUAGACAGCGACUAUGAAGCAUCAGGUGCCAAAAUCACAUCACUCAAUGACGCAUUUAAAUCGGACAUCGUUCUUAAGGUGCGAGCACCCGAGGUGAGCGAGAUCCCAAACUUCAAGGACAAUGCCACGCUCAUCAGUUUUGUUUACCCGAAACAAAACACUGAUCUUGUGCAACAGCUUACAUCCAAGAAGCUCAAUGUAUUUGCAAUGGACAUGGUGCCCAGGAUCUCUCGAGCACAGGUGUUUGACGCACUCAGCUCCAUGGCAAACAUUGCUGGAUAUAAAGCUGUAGUGGAAUCGGCUAACAACUUUGGCAGGUUCUUCACAGGUCAGAUCACUGCGGCUGGUAAAGUGCCACCUGCCAAGGUUUUCAUCAUAGGAGGAGGUGUGGCAGGGCUUUCUGCCGUCGGAACUGCCAAAAACAUGGGUGCCAUCGUCCGUGCCUAUGAUGUUCGUCCAGCUGUAAAGGAACAGGUGGAAUCACUGGGAGGCGAGUUUCUGGAGGUGUCCGUUCAAGAAUCAGGAGCAGGAGAGGGAGGUUAUGCCAAAGAUCUCAGUGAGAUGUCAAAGGAGUUCCAAGAUGCACAGAAAGCAUUGUAUGCCAAACAGUGUAAGGAUGUAGACAUUGUCAUCACAACAGCUUUAGUGCCAGGCAAACGUGCACCAAUCCUCAUCUCCAAGGAAAUGGUUGAUGCCAUGAAGCCUGGUUCUGUGGUGGUGGAUCUGGCUGCUGAGGCUGGUGGUAACAUCGAAACCAUCAAGCCAGGAGAGUUGUACCGUUACAAUGACGUGACACAUGUCGGCUACACUGACCUGCCCAGUCGACUACCCACACAGUCCAGCACACUGUACGCCAACAACAUCUCCAAGCUGCUGCUUUCCUUCGGAGAGAAGGAACACUUCAACAUCAACCUAGAGGAUGAAGUAGUGCGUGGAUCUAUCGUCAUGCAGAAUGGCAAUAUUCUGCCUCCCGCCCCUCCACCCAAGUUGGACGCAGUAGCUCCUAAACCAGCCGCAGCAGCAGUCAAGGUUGAACCCCCACCGCCACUGGACAAGAGAGCUCAGACGAUGCGCGAGGCAAUGGCAUACACAGUAGGACUGACUGGAGCUGUAGGACUUGGAACACUGUCACCAAACCCUGCCUUUACUACUAUGUUUGCUACAUUCAGUUUGGCAGGAAUCGUAGGUUACCACACGGUAUGGGGAGUAACCCCUGCUCUCCAUUCCCCACUCAUGUCCGUCACCAAUGCCAUUUCUGGAACGACGGCAGUUGGAGGUCUCCUACUGAUGGGUGGUGGCUACGCUCCCACCAACUCAAUGGAAGUGUUCGCUGCGACCGCUACGUUCCUCUCCGCCAUCAACAUCGGGGGUGGCUUUACUGUCACACAGAGAAUGCUUGACAUGUUCAAGCGUCCAACUGACCCCAAGGAAUACAACACUCUGUACAUGAUACCUGGGGCAUCAUUCAUUGGAUCUUAUGGUCUAGCUCUGAAGAUGGGAGAAUAUCCAGAUGUCCACCAGAUGGUGUAUUUGGCAUCAGGAUUGUGCUGUGUUGGAGCCUUAACAGGACUUGCUUCACAAAAGACUGCACGAGUGGGUAAUGCACUAGGAAUGAUUGGAGUGGCUGGAGCACUCGGAGGAACUCUAGGAAUCCUCAAGCCUAACUAUGAAAACUUUGCUCAGAUGGCAGCUUGCUUGGGAUCAGGUGGACUUUUGGGAGCCAUCGCUGCUAAGCGUAUUGAGGUGACGGACCUCCCUCAGGUAGUGGCCUUGUUCCACAGCCUGGUGGGUGUGGCCGCCGUACUUACCUGUUACAGUAACUACAUUCUGGAGCAGCCACACUUCGCCACUGAUCCAGCGGCCAAUGUCAUCAAGACCUUCCUCUUCCUUGGAACCUUCAUCGGAGGUGUCACCUUCACUGGAAGUCUGGUAGCCUUUGGCAAACUUCACGGCGUACUGAAGUCAGAUCCAUUGCAUUUACCAGGAAGACACUUUCUCAACGGUGGUAUGAUGGCUAGCAAUGUUGCCGCCAUGGGCCUUUUCAUGACUAGCGAAAAUCCAGCAACCACCAUGGGCAUGCUUGGAGUGACAACUGCUUUGUCCUCCGUUAUGGGUGUGACACUUACGGCAGCCAUUGGAGGCGCUGACAUGCCAGUAGUUAUCACUGUACUGAACAGUUACUCUGGCUGGGCCCUGUGUGCCGAAGGCUUCAUGUUGAACAACAACAUCAUGACUAUCGUUGGCGCUAUGAUUGGAUCCUCUGGAGCUAUUCUCUCCUACAUCAUGUGUAAGGCCAUGAACAGAUCCCUGACUAGCGUGAUUCUUGGUGGUUACGGAACCUUGGCUACCGGCGGAGGCAAGCCAAUGGAGAUCACAGGUGAACACACCGAGAUCAAUGUAGAUUCAGCAGCUGAACUCAUCACCCAGGCCCGUAACAUCAUCAUCACCCCUGGAUACGGACUGUGUGUCGCUAAGGCACAAUACCCCAUAGCCGAAAUGGUGGAGCUUCUCAAGAAAAAAGGCAUCAACUGUCGAUUUGGUGUUCACCCCGUCGCUGGCCGUAUGCCUGGUCAGCUGAACGUUUUGCUGGCUGAGGCUGGAGUACCUUACGACGUUGUCUUGGAGAUGGAUGAGAUUAAUGACGACUUCCCAGAAACGGAUCUCGUGUUGGUGAUUGGAGCCAAUGACACUGUUAACUCUGCCGCUGAGGAGGACCCCAAUUCAAUCAUUGCUGGUAUGCCAGUCCUCCGCGUCUGGAACUCCAAAAAUGUGAUUGUGAUGAAGAGAACAUUGGGUGUUGGCUAUGCUGCUGUAGACAACCCAAUCUUCUUCAAAGAGAACACCUCUAUGUUACUGGGAGACGCCAAGAAGACCUGCGAUGCUCUGUUGUCCAAAGUUCGCACACACUACGAUGAUUAACGCUAAUCAAUCAUUAGCAACAUAAAACUGUAAUUUGUUGUAGAAUUGUUUCACAAAUGUGUUUCUUUUAUGAAAAUCAUGUUAAAUUCGUUGAGAAAAUUUAUGUGAACCAAUUCUACAAAGUGAUCAGAAAAAUAGUGCUUUCACCAUCCUUCUUGAAGUAGAAGAAAAUGUUCAGAAAUUCACCAAGAGACAGGUCAUGAUGACAGGAUUAUUCUGUGACUUGAGUUAGCCUUUAUCAUUGGACCCUAUUAGUAUUUGAGAUGAUGGCAGCAUCCUCUAGUCAUUAUUACCUAAAUGACUCCAUAAUUGUUUACUGACAAUUUGUCAUUUUUUAAUGACAUUUUGUCUUGGUCAUUGACAAUUACGAAACCAUGGCGAUGUCUAACCCCAUUUCACAAUCCUGAUUUCAUUCUUUGAUGCUAAGUUUAUCUAACAAAUCUAAAUCUAUAACAAUUAAUUUUAUUAUAAUUAUAAAUUACUCCCAAUAUGCUCUCGUAGACCGAGAUCUUAAGUCGAUAAAGACUGAAACUGUAUUUACAUUAAAUUCUUUUCUUUUUGAAAUACUAUUGUGAAGUGGGUUAGAUAAGCCAAUUAGUGAGAGAGAAAAAUCAGAUGAACAAAUCUUUCAAUUUGGGCCAGACCAAAACUAUUUCGACCGGACAGAUCAAUUCCUCCAAUUCCAUGAUGAUGAAUAAGCUAGAAACAAAAGACCAAAUCUUACAACGAAAUACCAAACCUGGUGGAGACCAUCGGCUCUAUGAAGAAUCUCUAUUAGUCGGCCCUGGGUUUAACUAAUUUGUUUUCCUGUGACUGAACUAAGCCCAUUUACUGGGUGUAUCUUUGAAUAUCUUUAUGAACCCUCAACUGUUUUUGAUUUUGUGUAUUUAUUUUGCUGCUAUAAGUUGGUUGUUAGGUGCUGUGGGUUGAACUCCCAGCACAGUGUGUGUCAGAAAUAAGAGAUCAAUCUGGUGAAGUAAACUCAUUUUAUACACAUA